AUGUUCGUUUUGAAGUUAUUAAUAAUACUCACAUUAUCUGGACUUACAACCGGUGAGAGAGAGAAUGUGUCUUACAGUCUUCUACCCAAGUUACUGCUGGUGUCUUUUGAUGGCUUCAGAGCUGACUAUCUACAGUACUAUGAAUUUCCCCAUCUCCAGAAUUUUAUUAAAGAAGGUGUCUUGGUAGAACAUGUUGAGAACGUUUUUAUCACAAAAACAUUCCCAAACCACUACAGUAUUGUGACGGGCUUAUAUGAAGAGAGCCAUGGCAUUGUGGCUAACUCAAUGUAUGACGUAGUCACCAAGAAAAGAUUUUCUGACUCUAAUGACAAGGAUCCUUUUUGGUGGAAUGAGGCAGUCCCUAUUUGGGUAACCAAUCAACUCCAAGGAAACAGAUCGAGUGCUGCUGCUAUGUGGCCUGGUACGGAUGUACUUAUUCACAACACCACACCUUCCUAUUUUAUGAAUUAUAGCUAUUUGGUGUCAUUCGAAGAGAGACUAAAUAAUAUUACUAUGUGGCUGAACAAUUCGGACCCACCAGUUACCUUUGCCACACUCUACUGGGAAGAACCAGAUGCAAGCGGCCACAAAUACGGACCUGAAGAUAAAGAAAACAUGAGAAGAGUGUUGAAAGAAAUAGAUGAUCAUAUUGGUGACCUAGUCCAUAAACUUAAAGUGUUAGGGUUGUGGGAAAAUCUCAAUGUGAUCAUCACAAGUGAUCAUGGGAUGACCCAGUGUUCUAAGGAAAGGCUAAUAGACCUGGAUUCCUGCACCAAUCGUACAAACUAUGUGCUUGUAGAUAUGACACCGGUCGCUGCCGUACUUCCCAAAAUAAGCACAGUGGAGCUUUAUAACAAGCUAAAUACCUGUCACCCUAAUAUGAAGGCUUAUCUCAAGGAAGAUAUUCCCGCCAGAUUUCACUACCAACAUAAUGAUCGAAUUCAGCCAAUUAUUUUGGUUGCAGAUGAAGGCUGGACAAUCGUACAAAAUACAACAUUAACAAAAUUAGGUGACCAUGGUUACGAUAAUUCAUUGCCUAGUAUGCAUCCAUUUUUAGCUGCCCACGGUCCUGCAUUUCACAAAGGCUACAAGCACAAAACAAUUAACAGUGUGGAUAUUUAUCCAAUGAUGUGCCACAUCCUGGGAUUAAAAGCACUUCCAAAUAAUGGAACAUUUGGUCAUACUAAGUGUUUGUUAGUUGACCAGUGGUGCGUUAGGCUCCCCGAAGUCAUUGGAAUUGUUAUUGGUGCACUUUUGAUAUUAACAACUCUAACAUGCCUAAUAAUAAUCAUGAAAAACAGACAACCGACAACACAUCCAUUUUCCCGGCUUCAGUUACAAGACGAUGAAGAUGCUCCUUCGAGUAACACAUGCUGGAGAUUUUAA